UUUGACGUGGAUAUAUAUGAAGUGCAGUAAGUGGACAAGUUGUUUCUGGAACACGUAACGAUAUGACUUGACUAAGUUAGUUGGACAGAGGAAACCAAUAUAUCUACGAUAUACAUUCAACAUGGCAACUAAACUUGUCCAGUGGCUUACUGUCUUUACUCUCCUUGCCAGUCUCUGGAGUGCCUUGGUGUUUGACAUCAUUCCUGUCAAGUUAGAUAGCAGAUUUAAAGAAGUUAUAUGGCCAUUUCCAGUGUAUCUUCUUGUGGUAUUUGGGUGUUUUUCCCUUGGAACGAUUGGUUACAGAGUUGCUACAUUUAAUGACUGUGAAGAUGCCGCAGCCUCACUUAAAGAGGAACUCAAAGAAGCAAGAGAAGAUCUGAAAUGCAAAGGAUUUAAAUUCUCAUGACACAGUAGGAUAUCAGAACUCUAGAAAUUGUAAAGACAUCUCAACAAAUGAAUAAGCUUUAAAGGCAAUUAUACUUCAAAGAAUAAUUGCUAGUUAUGAUUGUACUCAAGCUUUCACUCCAGUCUUGUGGUUUUACACUGCAAAUUUGUAUGACAAAGAGUUAGACCUGAGGAUCGAUAUCAUGAAUACAAUGUUAGAUUUCAAUUGAUCUCUAUAGUCAUAAGGGUGCAUUUCGCAUUAAUUAGGUCAAAUUUUUUAAUUGACAUUUUUAUUUAGAUCAGUUUUCACAGCAUACUCAAACCAUUGCAAUGCAACCAAUGAGUAUGAAUUGAGCACACUGUGGCAAAGGUGAUCAUUUAAUAUUAAUCACUUUCCCAGUAAAGUACGCAUGAGAAAAAGAAAUGUGUAAAGUGCUUGACAUCCGCAUAAACCAUGGUUUCAAGCCAUUUACUCAAAACCACUUUUGUGAAAUUAGGUCAUUGUUGUUAAUAAAUGGCAUGUGCCUAGUUGUGGUUUAGUAAGAAAGCCUCAGAUGUAUUUUGUCAUUUGGAUAGGUUAGGCAUUACUUAAAUAUUCUACCAUUC